AUGUGUGUUGCAUUAACUUUCAAUAUUGACCAUUUCUUCAUCCCCAACAAGCCAUGCAAAGGAUCCACCGUUUCUCCCUCUCUAGAUUCAUCUAACUACUCUUUUCAAAAUUUGUGCAAAGCACAAAGACAGACCUCAUUUGGUGUUAACAGCAGCGGAAAAUGGCUAAUGCGGCAUCUGGGGUCGGCGUGAUCGACGAGUGCAAGCUAAAGUUUAUGGAGCUGAAGUCGAAGAGAAACUUCAGAUACAUCAUUUUCAAGAUCGAUAGAUCAAGCCAAGCUGUGGUAGUUGAGAAACUCGGAAGUCAUGAAGAGACGCAUGAGGAUUUCACCAAUAGCUUACCUUCUGAUGAUUGUCGAUUUGCGGUUUUCGACUACGACUUCACCACUCAAGAGAAUAUGCAAAGAAGCAGGAUCUUCUUCGUUUCAUGGUCUCCAGAGAUUGCAAGCGUGAGAAACAAGAUGGUGUAUGCAAGCUCCAAAGACAAAUUCAGGAGAGAACUGGAUGGUGUUCAAGUCGAGUUGCAAGCAACAGAUCCAAGCGAAAUGAGCUUGGAUACCUUCAAGGACAGAGCCCACUGAACAUAAAUGCAUCCAUUCACAUAUAUAUCCAUAUACACAUUUGCAAUUUGAAACUAAUAUGCAUUUUAUUUUUGUUGUUGUUACUUAUGAAUUAUGAGAAGCAACUUAAUUGUCAUUGCUGCCAGCCUGAUGAAAAUAAAAUCUACUUAUCCCCAUUCAGACCCUUUCAUUUAUGAUUACAUUUUAGCUCAAUAUAUAUCAUGAAAAUACUCAA